AUGGGCCGCGUUACGACAAUCGCCGUACUUGUGAUGGCACUGGCUGUGCUGUCCUCGGCCGAUGCCAAGAGGGAUCUGCUCCAAGCAGGCACCUCGACAUCCCCAUCCACCUCCCCAUCCACCUCACCAUCCACCUCCCCAUCCACCACCCCAUCCACCUCCCCAUCAACAUCCCCUGCAACAUCUACAUCCCCAGCCAGCCCUGCGGGCAGCACCUCUCCCUCCACCUCCCCGGCUGCUACCACCGGCGCGUCGCCCCCUGUGGCAGCCGCCGCGCAGCCGGCCGCCACCGCGCAGACCCCGGCAGCCGCCACGCAGCCGGCGGCCACCGCGCAGACCCCCGCAGCCGCCGCCCAGGUUCCGGCAGCUGCCGCGCAGUCCCCCGCGGCCGGCGCCACCGCUCCGGCCAUGGGACCCAUGACGGCGCAGACCCCCGGAAACGCCCCUGCCCCCGGCCAGCCCGGCAACACGGUGAUCAACAACAAUAACAACAACAACAACCAGAAUACCGCGGUCAACCCCACCUUCAUCAACAACAACAACAACAACAACAACAACAACGCCCAGCCUGCCAUCCUGCAGCCUGGUGCCACCUUCCAGCCGGGUCCGGGCGCGACCACUGCCGGCCCCGUAGUGACCGGAGGCGCGCUCGUUGCGGCCUCGGCCGGCGGCGGCGUGUCUGCAGGGGGGUCCCCUUCCCAGGGCGGAUCCCCCGGUUCCCCCGGUUCCCCCGGAUCCCCCGGCCCCAACAACUGCCCCGUCACCAAGGACGGACUGACCAUCACCGAGCAAUUUCUGGCGGAGAGGUGUGCGGCGCAAUCCGCUCGCUACAAUGGGCAGUACAUCCAGUCAUCGCUGCUGCAGAACUCGGGCGGCAAGGCCGACAACGCCCUCAUCUGCUGCACCGCCUGCCUCGCCUCCUCCACUUGCACGGCGUGGAAUUUCCAGGCCAGCGGCCAGGCAGCGUACGACGGCACCCCCUCUGGUGCCUGCCAGCUCGUGAGCGGAACCAAGGGCACCACUGACACUUUGGCCUCCGGCUCUGGACAGCCAUUCAUCGGCGGUGUCAUUGCGCGCACCAACCCCUGA